CAAAUGUAGUAAUUAAGUGUUUUUUAAGAACACAAGUAGCAUUAUUUUUCUUUUAAGUAAAAGGAAGUUAUGUCAGCAUGUCUUAAGCACUGUAUUUAAAAAAUUGCUGCUAGAUUUCUAUUACAUUCUCUUCCCCAAUUUUUGAACAGUUGAACACCUUUACCAAAUUAAUGGCGGAAGAAGAGAAAUCAGUGCAAGAAGAGCUUUCCCUUCCGAUUUUACUAGCUGACAGAGUAAUCAAAUCUGCUCAAGAAGCCGAAUCCUCAAAAGUAGAAUGCGCCGAUCUCGCACGCCACGCUACUCAGCUGAACCAGUUUCUCCGAUCAACUGUUCGGCUCACCAGUUCUUCACAAUCCCAGUCUCUUUACGACCGGCCCAUCCGCCGGAUAACUUCUGAAGUCACCAAAACUCUUGAACGAGCACUUACUCUUGUACGCAAGUGCCGUCACAAGCCUAAUCUACUCCGUCAUGUUCUUGCCAUCACCUCCACCACUGAUUUCCGGAAAGUUUCUAUUCUUCUAGAAAAUUCCAUCGCCGAUGUGAAGUGGCUGUUAUCCAUCUUCGACCCGGAAGCUGGCCCGACACUUUCCCUUCCUCCUAUUGCUAGUAACGACCCGAUUUUGGCUUGGGUUUGGUCUUAUAUUGCUACUAUUCAAAUGGGUAAUCUUCAGCACCGAAUUGAUGCUGCUCAGGCAUUAGCUACCUUAGCUCUCGAUAAUGACCGGAACAAGAAAAUGAUUGUGGAAGAGAACGGAAUUCCGCCUUUAUUGAAGUUACUGAAGGAGAGCAGUUCAGCAGAAGCACAAAUUUCUGCGGCUACUACUUUGUACAACUUGGCUGAUGAUGAGGAAAGAGUGAGGGCAAUAGCAAAUGAUCUUGGUGUUCAAAUUAUUGUCAAGGUGCUUGCGGAAUCGCCCAUGAGAGUUCAAAUUCAUGUGGCUAAUUUGGUCUCGAGGAUGGCUGAUUUGGACUUGUAUGCCCAGGAAGAAUUUGGGAGGGAGAAUAUAACGAGGCCAUUGGUGAUUCAUCUAGGAAUGGAUGUAGUUCUGGAUGAACCCAAAGACGCACCGCCCCGUAAGACUCCUAGUUUGCAUUCUUUAGUUCAAAUAAAUAAGGAGAUGGCCAGGAAUAAUUAUAGUGUACAUUCUAAUUCUAUGGAUGGGAGCAGUAGGGGCGGGCAUUACAGUAAUAAGAAGGAGAAAGAUAGGGAAUUGGAGCCUCCUGAGGUGAAAGCUAAGCUUAAGGUAAGUUGCGCGAUGGCGCUGUGGAAAUUGGCUAAAGGUAGUUUGUUGAAUAGCAGGAAGAUCACUGAGACUAAAGCCUUGCUUUGUUUGGCAAAGAUUAUUGAGAAGGAGAAGGGGGAAUUGCAGAUUAAUUGUCUGAUGACAGUGAUGGAAUUGGCUGCAGUUGCAGAGUCUAAUGCUGAACUUAGACGAGUGGCGUUCAAGCCUACUUCACCUGCUGGAAAAGCGGUUAUUGAUCAGCUAUUGAGGGUGAUAAAUGAGGAAACUGAUGCUCCAUUAGUGAUUCCAGCUAUUAAGGCGAUUGGAUCGUUGGCUAGGACAUUUCCUGCAAAGGACACGAGAAUUGUGGAGCAUAUAGUUGGUAAACUUGGGCAUAGAAAUACUGAUGUUGCUGUGGAAGCAUGUAUUGCUUUGGGGAAAUUUGCAUGUCCGGACAAUUUUAAUUGUGUGGAGCACUCGAAGGCAAUUGUUGAAUAUGAUGGAGUUCCAAAGCUGAUGAAUUUGCUGAGGUAUGACCGAGGGCAGGUGCCCGAGCUCCAACUGCUCUGCUACCUUGCUUUGCACGUAGGUAAUAGUAAGGCCCUUGAGCAAGCAAAAGCCCUGAGCAUCCUUGAGGGUGCUGCUCGUCAUGUAGUUGCUCAGCGUCCUGAUUUAAGGGAGUUGUUUGCCAAGGCGAUCCACCAUCUUACUCUUUAUCAAAUUGGAGGUCAUAUGCAUAGACAGGCUUAAUGCUUCAUUGUUCGGAUUCCUAUCCAAGCAGAAUGUCCUUAGCACUCCAUGCUUCUCAAAUAAUCAGGUUUGAAGCACUGUCCUGACGAAGUCUUUUAUUGUAUUCCUGCAGAAUUGUCAGCUUCAAACCUUGUUCUCUGAAACUGUUGUCGAAGCUACAUUUUAGGUACGUGUUCAGACGAAUCCGGUAGCUUUUGCUUAGACUGUAUUUGUAUUAGAAAAUCGAUAAAAUAUGUAUAAAUAUUUAGUUGGGAAUCCAGUAACCAAAAUAAGUUAUGGGCUUGGUGGCAAGUUCAAAACCCAUAAACUUCAAAUGCUGGCUCGUCUUUGUGUGCAUUGUAACCUAAUAAAAUGUUACAUUUUUGUCUAAA